CUCAAAAAGCGCAGCAAAACAAAAUGUUUGCGCUUUGAAAAAGAAGAAGACACACUCGCACACAUUCCAUUUCAGCUGGCCCUCUCUCUCUCUCUCUAACCAGCUCUUCUGCAAAAAGUAAAGUGAAGGUUUUGAGGAAGCAGUGAAAUUAGAGAAAUGAUGAUGAUUAGUGCUGUUGAAAAUUGAAUUAGUGAGAAAUUGAAGUGUGGAGGGUUUAGUGAGGGUUUAGAGGGGGAUUGGUAUGAACUAGGUCAGAUCAAUUGAUUUUGUUGGAAAAGGAUGGGAAUAGCAAAUUCAAAAGGUGAGAGGAGUAGUGCUUUGAAGCUGUGUAGAGAAAGGAAAAAGUUUAUCAAGCAAGCGAUUGAUUCUAGGUAUGCUUUAGCAGCUGCACAUGUAUCGUAUGUUCAAUCUCUUAGAAACCUAGGCAUUUCCCUUAGGAGGUAUGCAGAGGCUGAGGUUUUGGUGGAAACCUCUCUAUCUGCUUCAGCAACCGAGCUCGAUAAAACCCCCUCCCACUCGUUGUUCCCCUCCCCCUCUCCGUCUCACCUUGGUGGUACCUCCGAUUCCAACGGAAGCCCCCUCUCGAAGGCUAGGGUUAGUUAUAUGAGGUCCUCUGGGGCUACUGCGUUUACUGUUAAGUUGAAUACCAGGAAUGCAUUUGUUGAGGAAGGCGAAUUUUCAAUGCCUCCGCCACCUCCUCCGCCUCCGGAUGACUCUGGUUGGGAUUACUUUGACCCAGCUGACAAGAGUUUUAGGUUUCUAGGGGAAGAUAGGAAUGUUGAUGCUGAUGAUGCGGGUAUUUAUGGCGAUUCUGGGAUUCAUGAACACGAGGUGUCCAUGACUCCCAAAUUGGAGAGUCCUACUAAUGGGAAUGGGAGAUUGGCGAAUAGUCAGCAAAGGGUUGAGGGUGAAGUGAAGGAUAUGGCCGUUGGGAAAGAGGCGAGUGGGAAAAUGGCUGGUAAGGCGUCUGCAGGGCAAUCUAACUCGAAGAUGAGCAAGCCUUUGGUGGAAAAUGAUAUAUGUGCUGAAAGGGAGGAUCCUUCUGAGUUUAUAACACACAGGGCAAAAGAUUUUCUCUCUAGCACUAAGGACAUUGAUAGUCGAUUCUUUAGAGCUUCUGAAUCAGGAAGGGAGGUCUCAAGAAUGCUCGAGGCCAACAAAAUUCAUGUUGGGUAUACUGAAGCCAGAGGAGCUUCAUCAGCCUCAGUUUAUUUAAACUCUUUUGGAGCAAGUUGUUGCCAAGGUGGAAGGGCUAAUAUAUCUGAUGAUCAAAUUGUUACCAAGGUGAUAACUUGGAAGAGGACGACAUCAUCAAAAUCUUCUUCUUCCAGGAACCCUCUUGCAAUGAAGGAUGAUGAUGAUAGUGGAAGCGAAUACAUUGACGAGUUCUGCAUGAUUUCUGGAAGUCACUCUUCCACACUUGAUAGACUCUACGCAUGGGAAAGAAAGUUAUAUGAUGAAGUGAAGGCCAGUGAGUCCAUACAGCGAGAAUAUGACCGAAAGUGUGAUCAGCUCCGGCAUCAAUUUGCCAAGGAUCUUAGCCCUCAUGUAAUCGACAAAACUCGGGCCGCUGUGAAAGAUCUCCAUUCAAGAAUUAGAGUGGCACUUCAUGCUGUUGAUUCAAUAUCGAAACGGAUAGAGAAAAUGCGGGACGAAGAGCUGCUCCCACAGCUCCGAGAACUUAUUCAAGGACUGACAACAAUGUGGAAAGCCAUGCUCGAAUGCCAUCAUUCACAGUACAUCACCAUCUCAUUAGCAUACCACACCAAAAGCUCGGCAGUAGCGCCACUAGGCGAAACACAGAGGCAGAUCAUAAACCAGCUCCAAGAAGAGGUUGAGUACUUCGGCCUAAGCUUUGCCGACUGGAUCAACAGCUACACAUCUUACGUGGAAGCUCUCAACAGCUGGCUGCAGAACUGUAUUCUCCAACCACGGGAACGAAAGGGAAGACGGGUCUUCUCCCCGCCACGACGCAGCCUGGCACCAUCCAUCUUCGUCCUCUGUCGGGACUGGUCAGCUGGGAUCAAAUCUCUGCCAUCUGAAGAAGUCAGUGACGCUAUCAAAGCCUUCCUGGCCGACCUGCGACGCACUGUCAGAAACCAGUUGGAAGAGCCGCGCAAGGCAGGGAACACGGGUGAGUCCCAGACUGACGAAGCAGAUGCCAAAGUCGAAGAAGACAAGGACGGGGACAGACCAUCGCACAUAAGCUGUGUGCAGCCGAGUUUGACAAAGGUUCUCGAUAAGCUGACAAAAUUCUCUGAGGCUUCGGUGAAGAUGUGCGAAGAUAUUUGGCAGAAAUGUGAUACAGCUCGAUAUGCGUAUGAGAACUACAGAGAUCCACCAAGAUCUUAUAGCAUUUGACAAAUUUCGACUCAUGGAUGAAGAUAGAUGUAAUCUGUAAAUCACUGUGGUUUUUGGGAGAGAUUUUAUCGAGAAAUUGGCAAUUUUUAAGAGAGAAUGUUCGUAAAGAUCUCGUUUUGAGGGUGAAAUCUUUUAAAGUCUUUAUAUCUUGUUUUGAGUUUUAUGUUCUUUA